AUGGGGAGUGCAUACAAUGUUAAGCAUCGUGGUGGAAGUGGCAAGGCUCAAAACCAGAAUGACUUUAUACUUCUUGCAGGUCCAUUGACGAAAAGUUUUUGUAAAAACUUGAGCGCAAAUCAAGCAGCUAGUCAGUCUGUUGUUUCAGAAAGAGCAGAUGUCUUCGACUGCAGUCUCACGCUGCCCUCAAAGCUCAGAGACCACUUCCAGUAUCUUCAGAGUCAGGGGGUGACGCACUACAAGGUGCCCCUCUCCUGGUCCCACAUCCUCCCCACAGGAGACCCCAGUCGGCCCCAUCGGGACACAGUGAGCUGCUACAGGACCCUUCUGGAGCAGCUGACUGAAUCAGGCCUGCAGCCCCUGGUGGUCUUACACCGCUCAGCUGUUCCAGAGGGACUUAGGGCCACACUUGGGGACUGGGACAGUCCUCAACUGCCAGAGGCCUUUGAGCGUUAUGCAGAAUUUGUGUUUGCAGAGUUCCGAGACUCGGUCAAGUACUGGAUCACAUUCAGUCAUCUUGAUGAACUGAGUGAGAGUGGAGGGCUUACAGAUCCAAAUUUACCUUCUCUGGAAAACAUCCUCCAAGCUCACAUCAAGGUUUAUAAACUAUUCCAUCGCUUAUCAAUCAACAGGGAACAUCAACUUGUGGGCUAUGACAUUGUUGAUCUGUAUGGAGAUGGUCCACUGAACAACGAGGCAGCAAGGUCUCCAUCGAAAGAUGCUUCCAGUGAUCGGGAAAUAGACGCUUUUACCACCACAUAUGGAAAGAUUUUGACAAAAUUCAGUGCUCAGUCCCCAUCUGAGCGUGAUAACUUCCUGAUUGGAUCAUUUCCUGCGGGCUUUCAGUGGGCCGUCUCCAGUGAGUCUUUCAAAGUGGAGGGCGGCUGGUCUGAAGAUGGCAAAGGGGAAACAAUAUGGGACCGUUUUGGACACCAGGGUCAUGUGUUUGAUAACCAGACUGCUGACCUGGCUUGUGACAGCUACAACAAGGUGGACUAUGAUGUGUACCUGCUCAGAGGUCUAGGCACCGACACCUUUCAGUUUUCCAUAUCUUGGGCCCGAAUCUUCCCCACUGGCCUCAGGGGGAGCCUGUCAGAGAAAGGAGCCCUUUAUUAUGAUAACCUCAUCAACACGCUCCUUCAGUCAAACAUAGAGCCUGUUGUCACCCUUUAUCACUGGGACCUUCCUCAGGCCUUGCAAGACAAUGAAGGCUGGACGAAUCCCAAAAUUGUGGAGGCUUUUAAAGACUUUGCAGACUUUUGCUUCUCCAGAUUUGGAGACAGAGUGAAGACCUGGAACACCUUCAGCAGUCCGUGGGUCGUGAGCCACUCUGGUUAUGGCACUGGUCAGCAUGCACCAGGAGUCACGGACCCAGUAAUAUCAUCCUAUCAGGUGACCCAUAACAUACUCAAGUCCCAUGCUGAGGCCUGGCAUGUCUACAAUGAUAACUACAGGACACAGCAGAAUGGGAUAGUGGGGAUAGCUCUGAACUCAGACUGGGCUGAGCCUCUGAACGUCACCAGUCCUCAGGACACUGAGGCAGCUGAACGCUACCUGGACUUCAUGCUGGGCUGCUAUGCACACCCCAUAUUUGUGAAUGGAGACUAUCCAGCAAAGUUCAAGGCUCAGAUUGAAAAGAAAAAGAAAGAAUGUCUGACCAAUGAGGUAGCAAGACUUCCCGUGUUCACAGAAGCUGAGAAACUGCGGAUCAAAGGAACAGCAGAUUUCUUUGGGCUGAACCACUACACCACCCGUCUAGUAAAUGGGAGUAGCGGACAGUGUGUUCCAGGACCUCAUGGUGUUGGAGACUUCCAGUCUCACGUUGACCCCAACUGGCCAACCAUAGACUCUGACUGGAUUCACCCAGUGCCAUGGGGACUUCGACGUCUGCUGGAGUACAUCUCAGCACAGUACACAGUCACCAAAGUGCCAAUACACAUUACUGGAAAUGGGAUGCCAAUGUACUACAAUGGUGAAAGCUUCAAUGACACAGACCGUAUUAACUUCUUAAACAGUUACAUCAAUGAAGUACUGAAGGCCAUAAUUAUUGACGGAGUGGACAUUAAGAAGUACACAGUUCAGUCCCUAAUGGAUGGUUUUGAGGGUCCACAAGGCUAUAGCCAAAGAUAUGGUUUGCAUUAUGUCAACUUUGAAGACUCAAGUAGACCUAGAACACCCAAAGCAUCUGCAUACUUCUAUGCUCAUGUAAUUGAAAUGAAUGGCUUUGAAGAAGUUAGAUCAGUUUCAUCUGUUCCGAAGUUACAGACCACCAGAAAAAAUCCAGCCUUGCCCCCCUCCAAAGUGCCCUCCACAGCUAAAGUGGUUUGGGAGAAGUUUUCACAUCAAACCAAGUUUGAAAAAAAGCGUUACCACUACGGAACAUUCCCUGAAGGAUUCCAGUGGGGUGUCUCUUCGUCAGCCUAUCAGAUUGAAGGUGCGUGGAACACAGAUGGAAAAGGAUCAAGUGUAUGGGACACAUUCACUCAGAAGCCUGGGAGCAUCCCAAACAAUGAGACUGGCGAUGUGGCAUGUGACAGUUACAAUAAGGUGGAAGAGGAUCUCUACAUGCUAAGAGCUCUAGGAGUGAAGUCCUACAGAUUUUCCUUGUCCUGGUCAAGAAUAUUUCCGAAUGGCCAUAGAUCCUCUAAGAAUCAGAAGGGAGUAGAUUAUUAUAAUAAACUGAUCAACGGUCUAAUUGCCAAUAACAUCACCCCAAUGGUGACUCUCUACCACUGGGAUCUUCCUCAGGAACUACAGGACGUUGGUGGAUGGGAAAAUCUCAACAUGAUUGACAUCUUCAAUGACUUUUGUGACUUCUGCUUUGCCACCUUUGGUGACAGAGUCAAGUUAUGGAUCACAUUCAACCAACCUUAUACCAUUGCUUGGUUUGGUUACGGACUUGGCCUGUAUCCUCCCAAUUCUAAAGAUCCAGGAUACGCCCCUUACAAAAUUGCACACGAUCUCCUCAAAGCUCAUGCAAAAGCAUAUCACACCUAUGAUGUUAAGUACAGACCAACUCAAGGAGGACUGGUGUCCAUCAGCCUCAAUGCAGAUUGGAUUGAGCCAAAAGAUCCCAACACCCCUCGACAGGUAACUGCUGCUGACCGAGCCCUCCAGUUCCAGCUGGGCUGGUUUGCCCACCCCAUCUUCAAAAAUGGCGACUACCCUGAUGCCAUGAAAUGGCAAGUUGGCAACAAGACUGAUCUUCAGAGACUUGGAAAGUCUAGAUUACCUAUAUUUACUGACCAGGAGAAAGCUAGUAUCCAAGGAACGGCUGAUUUCUUUUCCAUCAAUGCCUACACUUCCAAGAUGGUACAUCAUGUGACCACAUCACUGAAGCCUGCAUCCUAUGAAACAGACCAAGAUUUGGGUAGAGAGAAUGUUGAUCACUCAGUGAACACAGCUAUUGAAGAUCAAAAAGCAGUACCAUGGGGUUUGAGAAGACUUUUAAAUUGGAUUAAGGAGGAGUAUGCAAAUCCUGAUAUCUAUAUCACAGAGAAUGGCGUAGCUACAGACUCUGAGACAACUGUUGAUGACCCAGACAGAAUAUUUUUCUACAAGACAUACAUUGAUGAAGCUCUUAAAGCAUAUAGCUUAGAUGGAGUAAAUGUCAAGGGAUUCAUGGCCUCCUCACUAAUGGACUCAUUUGAAUGGCUUAACGGCUACAAGGUGGGAUUUGGGCUUCAUCACAUCGAUUUUCAAAACCCAUCCCGCCCAAGGACCCCUAAGUAUUCUGCACAUUACUAUCACCAGAUCAUAAAAGACAAUGGUUUUCCACAACCAAGCGGUGAUAAUGUCCUGUAUGGCCGUUUCCGUGAGGAUUUUGCCUGGAGCACAUCAACAGCAGCGUUUCAGAUUGAAGGGGGCUGGAGAGCAGAUGGGAAAGGUUUAAGCAUCUGGGACCAGUUCUCCCACACACCUUUAAGAGUAGGAGAUGACGAAAAUGGAGACAUUGCCUGUGACAGUUACAACAAGAUCCCAGAGGAUUUGGCCAUGCUCAAGACACUGAAGGUCAACCAUUACAGGUUUUCUAUCUCAUGGCCCAGGAUUCUACCUGAUGGGACCAAUAGCUUCAUCAACAAGCCAGGACUGGACUACUAUCAUCGUCUGGUAGACGCUCUGCUGGCUGCCAACAUUAAGCCUCAGGUCACCCUGUACCACUGGGAUCUUCCUCAAGCUCUGCAGGAUAUGGGUGGCUGGGAGAAUGACACUAUUGUUCAAAGGUUCCAGGAAUAUGCUGAUGUGGUCUUCAGCAGCCUUGGAGGCAAAGUGAAGUUUUGGAUCACACUGAAUGAACCCUAUGUUGUAGCCAAUCUAGGACAUGGCUACGGAGUUUAUGCACCUGGCAUAAGCCUUCGCCCAGGCACUCUCCCUUAUAUUGUGGGCCAUAACCUCCUGAAGGCCCAUGCUGAAGCCUGGCAUCUCUACAAUGACAAGUAUCGCGCCACACAGGGUGGCAUCAUCGGCGUUACCAUCAACUCAGAUUGGGCAGAGCCUCGCAACCCUUACAAGCAGGAGGACAUUGAUGCUGCCAGGCGAUACGUUCAGUUCUAUAUGGGCUGGUUUGCUAACCCCAUCUUCAAAGGUGAUUACAAUGAAGUGAUGAAGACCACCAUACGUGAAAGAAGCGAAGCUGCGGGACUUAACAAAUCUCGCCUUCCUGAAUUCACUCCAGAAGAGAUCAAGAGAAUAAAUGGCACUCAUGACUUCUUUGGACUUAACCAGUACACUUCAGUCCUGACUUUCCCAAAGACUUUUGAUAAAAACCUUCAAAUUUAUGAUGCAGAUAGGGGGGUGGGCACGGUUACGGACCGGUCCUGGCUGGACUCUGGCUCCCCGUGGCUAAAGAUGACUCCCACUGGAUUCAGAAAGAUCCUUAACUUCAUCAAGGAAGAUUAUGGAAACCCCCCCAUAUACGUCACAGAGAAUGGAGUCUCAGAACGAGGUCCAAUUGAUCUGAAUGACAGUCCCAGGGUUUAUUAUUAUGAAAACUACAUCAACAAUGCUAUGAAAGCAUUCCUGCUUGACGGUGUUGACCUCCGUGGUUACACAGCCUGGACCCUAAUGGACAACCUUGAAUGGGCACCUGGUUUUGCGGAAAGGUUUGGUCUGUUCUAUGUCAACCGUUCUGAUGUGUCUCUGCCUCGCCUGCCAAAGGAGUCUGCCAAGCGCUACUCAACCAUCAUCCACUGCAAUGGCUUCCCUGACCCCUCUGAGGGCCCUCAUGAAUGCCUCACCCCUGAAUCUGAGGGUAAAACGAUUGCCACCUUAUACCCCCCAGUGGUGAAGUUUCUGGGCAUGGAGGUGUCAAUUCCUGAUGCUGCGACGGCUCUGAACGUUCUUUUCAGCUUCUCCAUUAUUUUGGCUGCAGCUGCAGCAGUCAUGACCUAUCAGUGUUUCAGGGCAACUAAGAAGUCAAAACCUAUGACUGAAAAUAUCAGCAUGGCGAGUAAAUUCUAA